CUCCUGCUUACACACCCACGAGUCGCAGCGUAGUAGACCAACCAAUCAAAGCAAACAGCACCAGAUUUCCUGUAGCAAGCCAUUUGUGCGAGAUGGAGUACCAGGGACAGCAGCAGCACGGCCGCGUCGACGAGUACGGCAACCCGAUCGCCGGAGCCGGACACGGUGGCCUGACCGGCGGCAUGGGAGGGCACGGCGGAGUCGGCACGGGCGCGGCUGCCGGAGGGCAUUUCCAGCCCAUGAGGGAGGAGCACAAGGCCGGCGGGAUCCUGCACCGCUCCGGCAGCUCCAGCUCCAGCUCGUCUGAGGAUGACGGCAUGGGCGGAAGGAGGAAGAAGGGCAUGAAAGAGAAGAUCAAGGAGAAGCUCCCCGGCGGCCACGGUGGUGAGCAGCAAGCCAUGGGUACCUACGGACAGCAGGGUCACACUGGCAUGACCGGCACCGGGGCCACCGGCGGCACCUACGAACAGCAGGGACACACCGGAAUGACCGGCACCGGAGCGCAUGACACCAUGGCUACCGGCGGCACCUAUGGUCAGCAGGGACACGCUGGGAUGACCGGCACAGGGACGCACGGCACCGGCGAGAAGAAAGGCAUCAUGGACAAGAUCAAGGAGAAGCUGCCUGGCCAGCACUGAGCUAGCCCCUGGCCUUUCCACUACUUGUGAAGUUUGAGGCACCAGUUGGCCACCUUCGUCGAAUACUAAGAUAAACGGCAGAAAAAAAUCUCCACCAUAAUAAGUGAGCUGAGUUCACUUGGUUGUUUCGGUGGAUGUAUCCGGGUUCAUGUCCUCUGUGGGUUUUAGUUGUCGGGAUUUUCUCGCACGGUUCUGUACUGUAUAUUUUGAUGUGUAAUUCUGUUGUUUCUGAAUCGUAUAUCCAAUAUAUGUUUCCCUCAA